AUAGGAACAAGGCCCAAAUCAAAUGACCUAACAUUCCUCAAACCCCUAUAAAUACACAUUUAUGGGGGAAGGUAAAGCUCUAAACACUCUAUCUCCUAUCUCACUUCUUUAUCUCAAAAUCAGUAUACUAAUGUUGGGCGUCGGAGGCCCGGAUUCGGGGAGCCUCCCUCGGGUUCGGGUUCACCUUGCAGGCACUCAUCUCCAAGCUCAAGAUCUGAAAGUUCGACCACACCACCGAUUCCGAUACCGGAACACCCAUCAUCAACACUCAAGUACUCACAGCAACACACGACCAGCAAGACCUCUCCAACCGUUCCCAAAUCUUACCGGAACAAUUGGCGCUAAAAGGAGGGGCAUAAUAACAUACCAUUAUGUCCUGAAUCUCCGAGAAAGUGGAGACAUACCACAUUACCGAACUCUACGGUAAAAAAUCACUAUCACUGUGAAAGAAACCAUGGACAUUUGUCCACCAUAAACCCACAAAUACAUGAUAAGCACCCUAAAGUAAAAAACUAAGCAUAUAUCUUCCCAACCGUAUUAAAUAAUCACAUAUCUCCAGAUCCAAAAAGAAUAGUGAUAUAAUUAAAGAUGAAAACCACUACUUGGCGGAGAAAACAGUGAAAAUAGCAGAUUAGCAAGAAUGAGCCAGAUGAUAGAAUCAAUGUUUGUCGAGUGCGAUUCCAAGAGUUGAGACAUUAAUGGAGGUUAUUGUCAAUAUCACUAAUAUUGCGAUUGUCAGGGCCUCUCAUCCAAUAUUUGAUUGGAAUUUCUUAUGGGAAUUUUGUCUGGCCAUGGAGCAUCACUAAUGGAACACUGGUAUCCUUGUCAAUAAUGAUUGGAAAUUGUUAGUUGUUUAAUUGCUGAUUGGAGUUUGCCAAUCGGAAUUUGCACCAAUAGCAUUUAAUUGCUGAGUGAAUUUGCACCGGUAGGGUGGUACCGAUUUGAUUUGCAUUGUUGGUUAAAUGCUGAUUGAAAUCCACACCGUAAUUGAUGAUUGGAAUUUGCACCGUUAGCAUCAUCAUCGGUGCCGGGAUCAUUUUCCUUACCGGCAUCGACAUUAACAUGUCGAAGUGUGGAGCUCUAACAACAAUGUCGGGUUGCCGAUUUAGAGCUGCGGAGUUGCUCUGAGAACGGCACCGAUAACAUCAUUUCCGGCGCUAUCAGAGCUAAGCUUUUCUCUCUCUUCUUUUAUGUGAAAUUAAAAGAACCUUUAAAUCUCACUCAAUGACCAUCAUACAUGUAGCAAGAUGCUUGCCCAUUUUACUAAAAAUGACCAUCAUACAUGUGCAUAGUUUCAUAUCAGCUUCAAAAUGUCAUACCAGCACUUGAGGCUAAAUGUUUGUAGUAUUGUUAUUUUCCAUAGUGUCUGAAUGUGGAUUUCAGUUUGAAUUUUUAUAGUAUCUGGAUGUGGUGGCCUGGUUGAUUUUAUUGUAUUAGUUGAUUUGCUGACUCGUGAAAUAUGCUUCACUGGUAAUUCUUUUGAUAUGCUAGACUGCGAUUUAAGUGUCAUACCAGCCCGGUCAUUCUCUGUCAGUAUACACACUUAGUCUGAACAUCUCUGUCAGCAUGAAAUUCUUGCCAGCCUACAGGGCUAUCAGUAUGCUUACAAUCGGUGUUUAUUAACUUAGUGUUACCUGCAGUCACUUGAUUUCCUACCCGCCUAUUAAUUUAGUGAUUUGAAAAGUCACGCAAUCUUAAUCCUUCUGUAUACCGUUUGAAUUGUUGUCCGUAUGCAUCUUUUAAUUUGCUGCCAGUGUAUUCCAACAUGGGUAAUAUGUUUUCACUAGUCAUUUUGGUUCGCUGGUCGUUUUGGUCUGUUGUUUGAAGUUUCUUAUACCAGCUAGCUUAUUGAUAUGAGUACAAUUUGUUGUCAGCUAGCCUGUCUUGGUGGAGAUACUCUCAGUCAGAAUGAUUAUUUUGUGUCAUUAGUGUCAUACCAGCCCAGUCACACCUCUUACCAGCUAGUCGUAGUAACUUGCUAUCAGUACGCUAUCAGCCUAUUAAUUUAGUGAUUUGUUACCAGCCUAUUGUGGUAAGUUAUGGCAUGUUUGAUGGUUAAGAUUGAACUUUGUUGGUAUCACCUCCAACCUGCAACAUGUAUUACCAGCCAACAAUGCUACUAGUAUUUCACACUGGUGUUUAUUAAUUUAUUGUUACCAACAGUGUUAUGAAUUCAGCAGGCAGACCAUGUUGGUCCAAAGUUCAUACAUACCCAUGCCAUAUGAUUUACUGUCGGCUCGCUAUCUGCAUAACAUACUAAGUGUUGUUAAUUCACAAGUCUACACAAGUAUGUAUCGUUCACCAUGACGGUGUCAUUGCUACCAGCAGCCCCCUAAAGUACUCCCAGCCUAGCCACUUCAUUUGCUACCAGCCUAGGUUGAAAGCUCAUAUCAGCCAUACCUUUUAAUGGUAUACUUUCCGUUGACAAGUUUCAAUGUGAGUAAUUUGUGAAGUCAUUUUAUGACGGUUUUAUUGGAAGGGAAUUGGUUGUACCAUUUUUUAUGUGCUAGAGGCUCAUACCAUUUUUUAUGCGCUAGAUGUUUAUAACAUUUUCCUAUAUAGCCAAUAGUCUGGACAGUUGUGAACCUCCAACCCUGUCAUUCGCUACUAGCAUGUUCAACUCCCUAUGUUUUUAGGUGAUGCCAAUCAAGACUUAAAAGCUUCAAAUAGUCAUAAUUCUUAAAUACAAAAUCGAGUUAUGGAUAAUGAUUUUCUGUCUAUCUAUUGUUCUCUCCCUGCUACCUGCAUAGUAAUGCCUGGACCUAAAGUAAUGGUGACCACCUAUACAAUGUGAUUUCUUAAGCUAUGAAAGUUUCCUAUCAAUGCACAAUUGUCAGCACCCCGUGGCAUGACUCUAUAGUCUAUACCUUGUCAAUAACGGUAUAAGCCUAGCUAUUCAAAUCAAUACUAUUGUAACUUUGUAAGCCCUAUGUCAGUUAAGGCUGAUUUCUCAGUUGACUCCGAAAGUGCAGUUAAGCACCUUGUAUUGCUAGCUAUAAGACGUUGGACAGUCGGAGAAAAAUAGAACUAUUUCUAAAUUACAAAACUGAACUACUGGUGUUGUUUCUCAUCUGUUUCGUAUGUGAAUUUCUUUACCGGGCAAAUUUCAAGUGUUUAAGAGCUCCAAUUGUUUUGUAUUCCCAAAUCUUUAAGAGCUCCAACUGUUUUGUAUUCCCAGGUGUUUGUUGAGUGUGUAUGGUUCACCAUUUAUUAUCCAUGUCUAGCGGCCUACUAUUCUACCAGCUGCGUAGUCACCUCUCUAUGUGAAGAGCAUGUCCUGUAAACUCGCGCUUGCUCUUAGUGUACGAUGUCAUACCAGCCUACCAACCUAGUCGUCCCAACAAUUGUCUAAUUUAUAUUUUAAACCGGUUGAGUCGGAAGCAGACUACGGGAGAUUUGUUUUGAACGAGCGUUUUGGAAGUUAAGUGUUAUUUAUACCACUUUAUUUGCUUCCGGCUAGUACCAGUAGCAUUACGUAAAAGUUAAGGUCUAGCAGAAGUGUCAAUCGCAAUGUCCUUGUCAUACCAUAAGUAUUGUUGAAGUCAGACUUAGUUUAUAUUUCAAAGAAGGAUUGUUCAUGCUUCCCAGGUGCUGGUUGAAAGUCAUGAGAGGAUUCAGUGUUGGCAGGAGCUUCUCGUAGUAUAAUCGUAGGUAAUAACUCCUACCAUCAGGUUUAUUGCAUGAGUGUUUUGAAAAAUAAAAUAAAAUAAAACAAUAUUCUUACCAUAUAAUUUGCUAACGGCAUACUCCUAGCUGGACUCGCAAAUGUGUUGUUUCCUGUUGGUACAGCCAUUCUUACUUUAAGCAAACCAUGUGUUCGAUUAAUCAUGCACAUAUCUCCACUCCAUAACCCAAAAAUUGUCAAAUAUGCUAUGAUUGCUACAUCCUAGAUCGAAUGGAUCGAAUGUUGUCUGCAUAUUGUAUGUGUUAUCACGUGGCCCUAGAGAGUGACUUGCGGACUCUAAUUGCUAGCAUAUUUAUGUAGAACUUUAUGUUUUGCAUUCUCUUUAUGUUUAACUCAAGGGUCGCAGCCCAUAGAAGUUAGAAGUUAUUACUGUGAUAUAUUGCGUUGUGUCGUACCAUGAGGAUACGUUUCUAAUAUUGUGUCAUGUGGUGUUACUAGAGGAUAGUAGUAGUAUAUAGGCUAGUCUGCAACUCGGCGCUAAGGUCAAGAGCUGCCUCCUUAUUUCAGUUCUUUGUCAAGACUUUGGUGUUAGUAGACUAGUAGUAAGAUUUGGAAAAUUGAAUCCACUCGGUGAACGUGAGUCCAAGUUUUUUACACAAACGGAAACAUAAUACAUUCAUUCACACCUACUUUGUAGCUGAGUAUAUUUAAAAUAUCAUUGCAAGUCAAUUCCAUUGAAAGCGAAAAGUUACUAGUUUCAGUCUUUACAUAAUUUGUUAUGACAAUAUGUGUGCAUAAAUUGCCACAAGUCUCAACCUGCUGCCAGUCAGCCUUACACCGUUUGAAAGUGCUACCAGCUAGUUUACUGUCGGUCAUGUUUGUUUGCUGUCGUACUACUUUUGUCGCCUACUUUGAUAUGAUGUCAGUAACUCAGUCAUAGUGUAGUGCAGUCAGCAGUGUGCACCUCUAUUCUUACCAGUGUCAUUUUCUAUCAGCAGGCCCUGUUACCAUCUUACUAGCACUUGGCGGCACUCGUUUGUACCUGUGUGCAGUAGUUUCCCUCCAUUCCUCCAUUACCAGUCUUGCUGCAGGAAUAAUAGUGACCGUCUUAUUUGCUUAAAAUUAUGGAUUUUCUCUUACCAUAAGUUGUUGUCAGCCACCAUCAUGUCAUUAGUGUCAUGUUUUUUCAAAUAGAGCAGAGUUAUAAAUUAAAGUUGGAGUAUUCUCGCGUAGAGGGCAUAUUAUCUGUUUGAUUUUGCCAAAGGUGAUCUCCAAUUCGUAGCAUGUGUCGGGUUAUUUUAGAAAUUAUCGUAGGUUUCUAGACCAGGUUGAACUCUUUGCAGUCCAAGUAAACUUAAAUUAUGGGAUUCUCAAACGGCUAAGAGUAGUAUGUUACUAGCUUGUUGGUUGGUUCGUCUUAAGGAUGGAAUGAAUUUUUUCUUGAGUUUAUAAGAUUGUCAUUAUCUCUUAUGGUGUAUUAUUUUGGACCUAGAAUAAUAAGUGACCGCCUAUGCGUGUUUUAGGUUAACUUUCAUAUCGGUGCACAAUCGUCGGCAUUUUGUAGCCACAACCUGACCUUGUCAAUGCCGGUAAAAGUAUAGUAGUAUGGCAACCUUGUACCAUUUAAGUUGGACUUUCUUGUUUGAAGUUUCUUAUACCCUGUAUAAAUUCCAUGUUUGGUAAAGCUCAAAUAAGUCAAGCAAUCCUAAUCCUAAUCCAGCCCACUUUGAAAAUAUUAUGGUCUUAUUAAUUUUGAGAAGUAACACUACCCGUUAAAUUUGCUACCAGUUGCGUAAUAUUUCGCACUCUGUAUGACUUUACGUGGAAGCAUGUUAAGAGUAAUUGCGUAAUAAUGUGAUGUAUUCUCGUUUCCUGUUAGAGUAUCAUGUGUUCAAUUAAUCCCAAUCGACGUUCCCAGGAGGUAUAAUUUUAUCAUUUUGGUCAAUAUAUAGAAGAACUAUGGACAAGGGUAUGCACCAACUGGUUGUUUAAUAUCCCUUUUGAAUUUUGUUUAAUUUUUAUGUGAGUGCUAUGGCUAUAUGUGAAAGUCUUAAGUAGCAUUUUGGAAAAGUGUACAUUUUGUGUUAUAAGUGUUAGUUAAAGAAGCAUAAUGCAUUUGCACGUGUAUGAUGGUCAAUCAUUAUUAAGAAUCCCAUGGGGAAGUCAAUUUGCUUGAUAGCAAAAAGUGGACGAGUUCAGUUUAUGUGUAAUUUGUUUGUUGUGUGGAUAGGUGCUUAAUCCUACCAUUGCUUCACAACUCCGAGGGAGAAUAUGAAUAAAAGUCCUGAUAUAGGAGCUUCAUCACUUAUGGGCGUAAGGAGAAAAACAGGGUUAUCAUCUUCUCGGUGGCAAACGUAAGCUGGCAGAGAAGGUAUGUAUCAUUUCAUUGCCUAUAUCAUGGACCAAUUAAAGUAUCGUUGUCAGUAUUUGGUUGAAAGCUAGCCACACCACAUCGGCUGAAGAUAUGAUUUAAAACCCUUAAAACAAGUUAGCAAGACAACAUCAGCUUGCUGACUUGGGAAUAUAUAAUCAAACCCUUAAAGUAGGUCGGUAAGGCUACCAUUAGCUUACUAACUCGGGGUAAUGUAUAAGCAACACCGAUUCAUACCCUUAAAGUAGGUCGGUAAGGCUACCGUCAGCUUACGACUCGGGGUGAUACGAAUCAAGCCCUUAAAGUAGGUCGGUAAGGCUACCAUUAGCUUACUGACUCGGGGUAAUGUAUAAGCAAAACCGAUUCAAACCCUUAAAGUAGGUCGGUAAGGCUACCAUCAGCUUACGACUCGGGGUGAUACGAAUCAAACCCUUAAAGUAGGUCGGUAAGGCUACCAUUAGCUUACUGACUCGGGGUAAUGUAUAAGCAACAUCGAUUCAAACCCUUAAAGUAGGUCGGUAAGGCUACCAUCAGCUUACGACUCGGGGUGAUACGAAUCAAACCCUUAAAGUAGGUCGGUAAGGCUACCAUUAGCUUACUGACUCGGGGUAAUGUAUAAGCAACAUCGAUUCAAACCCUUAAAGUAGGUCGGUAAGGCUACCAUCAGCUUACGACUCGGGGUGAUACGAAUCAAACCCUUAAAGUAGGUCGGUAAGGCUACCAUUAGCUUACUGACUCGGGGUAAUGUAUAAGCAACAUCGAUUCAAACCCUUAAAGUAGGUCGGUAAGGCUACCAUCAGUUUACGGACUCGGGGUGAUACGAAUCAAGCCCUUAAAGUAGGUCAGGCAAGGCUUUCAGAGCUUGUCGACUCGGGGAAAAUAGGCCCUUACUAGUUGAGCAAGGCUUCCAUCUAGCUUGCCGAUUAGGAGUUGCUGAUUGGGCAAUGCUUCUCAUCAGCUUGCCGAUCGGAGGUUUACAAUAUCAUCACUUCAAUCGAGUAAGGAUCUCAUCCAAGCUUGUCGGUUAAAGGUUUAUAAUAAUUUCUUGCUAAAUCGUGCAAGGCUUGAUUAGCUUACAGACUGAAAAUUUGUAAAACCUCACUUAGCAAUCGAAAAGUCAGCCUAAAAAAUCAAGGGGGCUAGUCAUCCUAAAAAAUCAAGGGGGCUAGUCAUCCUAAAAUAUCAAGGGGGCUAGUCAUCCUAAAAAAUCAAGGGGGCUAGUCAUCCUAAAAUAUCAAGGGGGCUAGUCAGCCUAAAAAUCAAGUCGGGCUAGUCAGCCUAAAAAAUCAAUGGGGCUAGUCAUCCUAAAAAAUCAAGGGGGUUAGUCAUCCUAAAAAAAAAGCAAGGGGGCUAGUCAGCCUAAAAAUCAAGUCGGGCUAGUUAGCUUAAAAAAUCAAAGGGGCUAGUCCUAAAAAAAUCAAGGGGCUAGUUAGCCUAAAAAAUCAAGGGGGCUAGUCAUCCUAAAAAAAAAUCAAAGGGGCUAGUCAGCCUAAAAAUCAAGUCGGGCUAGUUAGCUUAAAAAAUCAAAGGGGCUAGUCCUAAAAAAAUCAAGGGGCUAGUUAGCCUAAAAAAUCAAGGGGGCUAGUCAUCCUAAAAAAAAAAAAAUCAAAGGAGCUAGUCAGCCUAAAAAUCAAGUCGGGCUAGUUAGCCUAAAAAAUCAAGGGGGCUAGUCAUCCUAAAAAAAAAUCAAAGGGGCUAGUCAGCCUAAAAAUCAAGUCGGGCUAGUCAGCCUAAAAAAUCGAGGGGGUUAGCCUAAAAAUCAAGUUGGCAUGAGCAAACAAAGUAAGUUAUUGUUUUUAUCUGCAUAUUUUCGCCUAAUGAGCAGGUCGCGUCAAUUAUGAAGGGGCUAGUCAAAUACCAAUACAUAAUCGAAGCACCAACCCAUUCUUCAAAAACCUACAGAUAAAGGGGCUAGUUGUAUGGGGUAAUUACUUUUUCAGAGCAAGCACAUCAGUCUAGACGGAUGUACUCACUCUGAUGGGGCUAGUUGUACGGGAUACUCCCGUGGCCCAAAUUAAAUACAAGAAUGGCUUAUUAUAAAGUAUGGGCCCAAAGUGCAAUAGGAACAAGGCCCAAAUCAAAUGACCUAACAUUCCUCAAACCCCUAUAAAUACACAUUUAUGGGGGAAGGUAAAGCUCUGAACACUCUAUCUCCUAUCUCACUUCUUUAUCUCAAAAUCAGUAUACUAAUGUUGGGCGUCGGAGGCCCGGAUUCGGGGAGCCUCCCUCGGGUUCGGGUUCACCUUGCAGGCACUCAUCUCCAAGCUCAAGAUCUGAAAGUUCGACCACACCACCGAUUCCGAUACCGGAACACCCAUCAUCAACACUCAAGUACUCACAGCAACACACGACCAGCAAGACCUCUCCAACCGUUCCCAAAUCUUACCGGAACAACUCUAAAUUAUAUAAGUAUUUUUAUUACCAUUCAUUAUCAUUUGGUAUCAUUAUAUUGGAUGGGAAUACAAAUUUAUGAAAAAAAACAACAAAUUUGAUAUAAAGUUUCAUUACCGUGUUAUUUUUCUUGCCAAAUAACAAGUAGAUUUAUUCCCAUUCCCACCAUUUUAUUGGCUAGCAAACAGGUGAAGUAUUAACUAACCUAUUGUAUAUUUUGGUGCAAAGAGAGUUAAAAAAAAGUUUAUGAUGACAAACUAACGAGUAGACAAGAUUCAACCUCAAGUCUCUAAUUCCAUCCCAGAAUUUUAAUCUACUUGAGACAAAGACAGUUGAUAUUCGAAUUUAGUGACCCGUUGUAGAAGGUAGGUCCUCCACUGUUGACCACUAGUGAGUGGAGUAUUUAAUAAGAAGCUUACCCCGUAUUUUAUGAAUUCACUAAAAAAAAUGGCGACCGGGCUUCCAAGCAAUCCGACAUUAACGGCCUCAGGCAGGGGUAGAGAUGAAAUUUAUGUGGCAACGACGGCACUGAGAGCGAGCAAGGGACCUGCUCAGAUACUUAUGUCUGCUGCCUAUUCUCUCAACUUAUGGCAUCUUCAGCAUUUCAUGCUCAUCAUCAAACCUUCCAUCACUCCUACAUCUCCUUCCACCUUCCAGGGUAUAGUGUUUGAUUUUCAGCCUCAGGAUCCUGAAAACAUAUAUGUGGCUCUGGCUGCUUUGACUGGUAGACCUAUCCCAGGUACUAUUCUGGUAAGAAAAAUUAGCAAACUGCCCAAGAAAAGAUGUUGGUACAUAGGCCAAUCCAAGUUCCCAAAUGCUGUAGAAGCCGCUUAUACAUUCAACAGCACCUGGGAAACCGACUUACGCAUUGGCGACCAUGAUUGUCGUCACUAUACCAAUGGACUCGCAGAAAUGUUGACUGGGGAGAAAAACAUACUGGGGCACCUUCAACAAGGAACUAAUCGUUAAACAAAUCAUCAAACAUACUUGAACGUGCAAAUUGAGCAGUGAGGCCGUGGGCGGUGGGUCUAGUACCCUGAACCCGAAAUGUAAUGUUCAAGCCUUCAUUUUUUGGUAACUUUCGGCAAGUGUAAAUGUAGCUUAGUAAUCUUUACCUUGUUAAUUUCAUGCGAAUGUAUGUAAUUCCAGCAACUCUUCUAAAGUGUAACCUACAUAACCUUGAUUGUAUAAUUUACAGUCAUCUUGUUUGUCAUCAGAUAAAA